AUGACUGUAACGGCAUUUCCCUCUGAGGGCUCUCCAGACCUCGCCCUUCUAAAUGUCGCCCGUCUGUUCACCCGACUCGAGCACAACCUCCUCUCCCCGGGGACAGACCGCCGUUCACUGCAACAAUCAGAAUACCAACGUAUGCGCGUGAACAAAAACGUAGAAUACGCCCGCAACCUCCUCACUCAACUCGAACGGUCCCUCCCACAACUAAAGCCCCUCGACCGCAAACACGAAGCACAAGCCGAGAUCGCGCGUGAUAGACAACUGCUAAAGCGGAUCCAGAUCAUCCUCGACGAAGAAGAUGCCAAAGCCGAGGCGAACCAGGAUGAGCACUAUGACAACGAAGAUGACGAGUGGAAGGAGCUGUUCUCUAAGCCCGUCAUCGAGAAACCGACGGUAUCUAAGAACGACCAACGGGCCCCGAUAUUCAAGUCAGAACCGCAAAAAGGAACAAAGAAAACGGAAUAUGAGCCAGUUACGCAUACGCCCACAACUACGACUACAGCAACACCCAUAGCAACAGCUCCACCAGCACCGACUCUCCGCAACCGCAACAAAACCAACCCCGCCCCUCCCCCAUCCUCCGAGACAGCGAUCACAACUGGAAGCAACGCUGCCAACCUCUCGGAGAAAGAAGCCGCACUCAGCACACACAGACUGGAACAAGAAGAUUUGACCAGUUCACUGCUAUCGCUCGCCUCGCAACUAAAAUCAUCCUCGCAAUCCUUCCAGUCCACCCUGGAAAAUGAGAAGUCUGCUUUAGACCGCGCGGUAUCAGGCAUCGAUCGUACAAGUACGACGAUGGAGGCAGCGGGCAAGCGGAUGGGGAUGUUGCGCAAGAUGACGGAGGGGAAGGGACUGUGGGGACGGAUGAUGCUGUAUGCAUGGAUCUUCGGUCUCUGGGUCGUUGCCAUUCUGAUUGUUUAUGUUGGGCCGAAGUUGAGGUUUUAA